GUCAAUCUCUCGGAUAUCUUAUUCUUAUGUCUUAUCUUUCUUCCAGUCCAAUCAUAACUCAUCUGGAAUGGAUUGCUGAACUCAUCAUCCAACCUAACUGAAAAUAUCCUCCAUGGUUACCUCAUCAAAAGAGAGGAAAGCGGGGGUGAAGAAUGUAGCAAGUUGCCAUGUGAUGAUAAACUCUUGAAAUUCUGCAGUAGGACCUUGCAUUGCCAUUACCCACCAACAUCUAAUAUUCUCCGAUGUUUAUUAAUGAUGAAACAAAACCCAACUCAUAUAACACAACCUGCCAGCCGCCCAUAAAAUUAAAGCAUAUCUAUAAUCAAGAAGCCUUGGCUGCUGCUGCUGCUGCUUUCUAUCAAAGAAUUGGCUAGCGAUAGAGGCAACCCAUGCAUGCUACAGAGGUCAAGAAUGGAGUUAAAGUGCAUCUGAAAUCUUUUUUCCUUGCCUGCAGACUGCAGAGUUAUAGCUACCGCCACUUUUCUGUAAUGGUUGAAAGGAACCAGGAGGGUUACGAGAUCAAGACUGCUCUCUGAACUAUAGAUAUUUUGCGGAUUAUGUCAUUUUACCUUAUUACCACUUAUAUAAGACAACAUGGGUUAAGUCUUUUUAAUCUAAAGUUUACCGUACAGGUUUUGUCAGAAAAGGUUGGCUAGAGAAUAGUUGACUUGAGAUGCUAAGAAACCUGUAGAAGUUUGGCGAAGAACCGGUUUUGGGACGAUUAGCAAAUGUCACAAUUUUGAUGUUGAAAGGAUCUCUUACCUGCCAGGAAUCUGCAAGUGCAUCAACAACUGUUAACAACCCUAAAUUUAAGAGAUUGAGAUUAAAACAGUGAGAAAGAGAGGUGGGAUGGUUUAUAAGAAAUGAAAGGCAAAGAAAGCAAUAUUCAAAGCCAAGAAAUGCUUUAGCUCUGACGGAGAAAUGCUUCUUGCUGAGGAGGCAACGACAUAGACAGUGACAGAGGAGGCAAAGAAAGCAAUAUUCAUCUCUUAUCUCAAGUUUUUUUUUUUUUUCUAUAUAAAUUUUCCAAUCUCAAAGAAGAACUGAACCGAAACAACCGCCGGCGUUUAUAUCUCCAAACCGCAGCUAACUGGCAAAGAUGCGUAGCAUGUCCAGUUCUGGCUCUUGUAGAGGCAUCGCUGCCAUUGUUGGGGUCGGACCCAAACUCGGUCGAUCCAUAGCCCGAAAGUUUGCCCAUGAAGGCUACACAGUGGCCAUCCUCGCCCGUGACUUAGGGCGAUUAUCAGUAUUUGCGGACGAGAUAGCAAGGGAAGAGAAAGCACAAGUGUUUGCAAUCAGAAUUGACUGUUCGGAUUCAAGAAGUGUGAAGGAGGCAUUUGAAGGAGUUCUUUCCCUUGGAUUUGUUGAAGUGCUUGUAUACAAUGCAUACCACCCAGUUUCUUUGCACUCCACCAACUUCACUGACAUUCGCAUCGAUUCUUUUGCGAAAUCCGUCUUUGUCUCCUCUGUUGGUGCCUUUCUCUGUGCUCAACAGGUUCUUCCUGGCAUGGUGGAAAGAGGAAAGGGAACAAUUCUGUUCACUGGUUGCUCAGCUUCUCUCAGUGGCAUGGCGGGUUUCUCUGAACUAUGCUGUGGGAAGUUCGCACUGAGAGCAUUGUCGCAAUGCCUGGCAAGAGAGUUCCAACCCUUUGGUGUUCAUGUUGCCCAUGUCAUCAUUGAUGGUGUUAUUGGCCCACCUAGGGGAGCGUCGGCAACUCAGAGAUGGUUGAUCGGGGAGCAACAACCGAGAGGAGGAGAAGGGGACAGAGCUAUGACAAUGAUGGACCCUGACUCUCUGGCUCAGACUUACUGGCAUUUGCAUGUUCAAGAACGAACCGCUUGGACCCAGGAGAUGGAUCUUCGUCCUUGAUACUUAUUUCAAUUUGUAACAUCAUCUUUAAUAUUCCUUUUGUUAAUUUACUAAACUUUCUCUUUAUAAUGCAUUGCAUAUAUAUAUAUAUACAUAUUGUCCGAA